AUGAGUAAUAGCUAUAAUGCUCCCAAAAGGACGCAAUUUAAUAUAUCAGCUUCUAGUGCGCCGCUAAAUACUGCCAAAAAUUCAAGCACAGCUUCACCUCAUAGGGUUGGUAAUGUAAAUACACAUCAGAGAAUGAAUAGUCAACCCAAAAGUUUUGGGAAAGCUGUGCAUAGUGAUCAUCAGAGCCAUACAAACGAGACAAAUGGCCAGAAUGGUCGAGUGGGCCUAGUUCGAAGGGUCUGGGUAAGGAAGUACAACGGAAGCCCUACUACAAUUUUGGUUAGCGAAGACGAAAUUGUUGACGAUUUGAAACAACUGAUAUUCAAUAAAUUUCCAAAUUCAAUAGCAAAUUUUUGUGAUCCGCCAGAUUUAAUCUUGAAGUUAGACUUACUGGCAAGAAAUCAAUCAAAUGCAAAUUCUAUGAAACAAGGCAAUCUAUCAGGUAGCUCAUGGCCGGAAAGAAGGCGAUCGAUAUCACCUUCCGGAAAUGGACCCACCAAUGGUAUCAAAAUCCUCGAACCUGACCAGAAUGUGUGGUCAAUCCUUGAUACCUACUUUCCGCAAGGAAUGAAUAUGUCAGAGUCCCUCAUCAUUGAAACUCCCGUUAAUGAUGAGACUGAAACUCAUGCUGUAUCAUUUUCGAAUGGAAUCAAUCUUGAUAAAAGUGGAGGUAGUAACAAGCCAUUAAGAACUGAUAAUCAACAAGGGGUACCCAUAAAGCAGCAAGUAGGGACACAAAACUCUGGUUUUCAAGAAAGUGCACAGUUUUAUCAUCAACCGAAACCACAAUACUUGUACCAAAAUCAAAAUUCUGCUAACAAUUCCAAUCUCCAGGUGAGAUCUGCAUCUCCUAGUAGUCUAAAGAACUCACCGGGUCCCAUAAAUGUAAAUCCAUAUAGGAGGACACAAUCUAGUCCAUUAUACUCACCUCCUAUUGAUGGCAGUAAUAAUAGCACUAACAGCACAACCGGCGGUAACUCGCAAGCUAUUUUGUUAUUACCUAAAAAUUUUCCAUUAACUGCAAAUUCAUCUAAUGCUAACACAAUGGGGCAUUAUAAAAAGAGAUUAUCUUUGGAUGAUGGUCUAAUAAAUGGACAACGAGCUCGAGAUCAUUCUUUACGCAAGUCAUUGAGCACCAUUGAAUCCAAUACCGAGAGCAAUGAUUUGGAAACAAGGCCGAAGCUAGAACACUUUGAUGAACAUGAAAGUAAAAAGCUGGCAUUUCCGAAGCUUGAUGCAUCGAAUAAUUCUAGCAAUGAUUCAAAUAGUGAGCAAAGUGGACAGAGUACAAUAGUUGAAAGAGACAAUGGUAAUCCAAUUUCAUCCACUAACAGCCUUGACAGAAUAUUGAUAUCUCCUUCCCCUGAUAUAGGCAGACUUGAUUCACCUUCACAAGCACAAAUAAAUGCGCCUGAUAAUUUAACCAUGGAUAAUUUAUUAAAAGCGAAAGAGCCUUUGAAUAAAAAUUGCAAUGAUAUCAACUUGAAGAAUUCGUUGUCGAAAUCUGCAACUGAAAGAGUGUUACCUUCUAUUUCGGUUUUGGUAGUCGAAGAUAAUGCUAUUAAUCAAGCUAUUUUGGGUGCAUUUUUGAGAAAGCAUAAAAUACAUUAUGAAAUUGCUAAGAAUGGUCAAGAGGCUAUUGAUAAAUGGAAACGUGGUGGUUUCCAUUUGGUGCUCAUGGAUAUUCAAUUACCCGUUAAAUCAGGGAUAGAUGCUACAAAAGAGAUUCGUCACUUGGAAAAAAUAAAUAGAAUUGGGUUUUUUGCAAAUAAGGAAUAUUUAAAUGGUUCCGGGAAGAGGGCUAUAAAAGAGGAAGAUAAGCUUGAUUUGAAUGUUUUCAGGUCACCUGUUAUAAUCGUUGCCUUGACGGCUUCCUCUAACUCUUCUGUCGACAAGAAAAAUGCUUUAACAGCAGGUUGUAACGAUUACUUGACAAAGCCCGUUAAUUUAGUAUGGCUUCAAAAUAAAAUUACAGAAUGGGGCUGUAUGCAAGCAUUGAUAGAUUUUGAUGGAUGGAGAGUUAAAGAGUCUUCUCCAACUACGCCACACUUUAGUCCAGAGAAGACAAUUUCGUCGGAUUCACAGAAUCACAAGAAUAAGAUAGCACCUGCUUUUAAUUCACAAGCCUCCGUGCUAUCUAAUUGA